AUGGCCAACAUCAAUGCCUCAAAGAGCAAGUCAUCUUCGGUUCUGAGACCGUCCGACUUGGGACCUGAUCCAAUCGGUACUCUUGGGCGAAACGAAGGCUACAUGAGCUCAUGGUCUUGGACGGAUGACGACUACAUAUACCUCAAUUCGACACCUUUUACUUCCAAUGCGCCGUUCUUCCGGCACGGACCGAUCCGUCUCUCCAAGGCCGACCUUGUCAAUGCCGACACCAUCGACGUUCUCGACUGGAAACUGCUAUCCUCACGAGACGAGGAGAUCGACUGGACGGCAUUCCAUGUUGCUAUCCUGGGAGGCGCCGGAGAAUUUUUCAGCAACCCCAGCGACUCCUGCGCUGACGAUGAAGAAGAACUGGUUGAUGACCUGUGCGAGUGGCUCAGGGAUCUUGGGUAUUCGAGUCAUUCCUUGGGAGCACUAGUGUUCGAAGGAGCGUUUGUCAGGAAUCACAGAGAGAAGACCGACGAACGCCCACCUAGUCCUGUCAAUGUGAAUGAAUGGACUGACGUCUAUCGUGCACUUUCUCAUCGGCAAAGGGAGGACCCAUUCCAUCUCAUAUCCAAGGCUCAGGAGUCUGAGGGUGCUAGCGACAUCUUGUCAAUGAUGUCCUACGCUGAAUCCAUCUUUGACGCUGGUGCCACCACGAGCACUGCGUCUUCCGUACCAGGUGGUACACAGGAGCUCAUCAGCAAGUUUGUUGAUAUUCUCGUUCGCGAUGCCGGUGUGGCCAGACUGAUUUCCAUGGCCUUGUCCGACGACGGAAUGGGCCAGGAGAGGUUUCGCAGGAACUUUGGCCGGAUCCUCCGAAGCUACUCGAGAGAGCUGAGGUGCAGUCUGGGAAAGGGAAUGCCAGACGUUGGCGACGCGUCUUAUGCGCAUGCGGCUGCUUUUGUUUCUCGCAAAGCACCGCACGCCUCCCAUCUUAUUGUCUCAAGGUUCAGUCAGGCGAGGAAAUCGAUGCCGCCUCGAGAUAGCCUAGCUGACUCUGACGGUGCUUCUUCCUCUGGGAGCGAGGAGAGCGAAGGAGAGAGUGAGGUCCUCAACAUGGAGAAGCUAGAGUCUUUCCUCACCAAGGGCGAGCCGUUCAGGCUGCUUAGAUGGAGGCUCCGGGCGCUCGUAUAUCCUGACUCUUUCUUGUCGCGCCUUCCGGCUGUGGAUUGA